UAAAACCCGAGAUGUUUUUCAUUUUCCCCAAACUCUCCAAGCAAAUCCCAUUUCCGCCGGUCCUCUCUUCGCCAAGCCGUCGGCGACUACUGCAGCACAGCCUCCUCCCCCUCCUCAUGGCCGAUCCCUCCCACUCCUCCCCCACGACGGCCUUCGCCGGCGACGCCCUCCUCGCGCCGGUGGCUUCCGACGCGCCGGACGCGACCCUCGCCGCCGCUGCCCCCGACCUCGACAAGGAGUUCGGGUUCCAGCGGGAGGAGCUCGGCAAGGAGAAGCUCGCGGGGACCGUGGGAUUCCACGAGCGCCACGUGUUCCUCUGCUACAAGGGCCCUGAGGAGUGGCCAUCCCGCGUCGAGGCCUCCGAGUCCGACCACCUCCCCCGCCUCCUCGCCGCCGCCAUCAAGGCCCGCAAGCCCAAUCUGAAGAAGAGCACCAAACUGACCAUUUGUGAAGGACAAGAUGGCACUGAGCCAUCUCUUGGAGAUGUGUUGAUCUUUCCUGAUAUGAUCCGAUACAGAGAGCUGACCCACCUUGAUGUCGACAACUUUGUUGAAGAAGUACUUGUGAAAGAUACUGAAUGGCUUCCUGGAUCUCCUGAGGCUAUAAAAGGUUCCUAUGUUUUUGUCUGCUGCCAUGGAAGCAGGGAUAAAAGGUGUGGUGUUUGCGGUCCUGCUCUGAUUACAAGGUUCAAGGAAGAGAUUGAAGGACAAGGUCUUGAUGGUCAGGUGGCUGUUAGUGCAUGCUCACACGUUGGAGGUCACAAGUAUGCAGGAAAUGUCAUCAUAUUCAGUCCAGAUGCCAAGGGAGAAGUGACUGGUCAUUGGUAUGGUUAUGUUGCUCCUGAUGAUGUGCCUGUGUUACUGCGUCAACAUAUUGGACAAGGAGAGAUUGUGGGCCAUCUGUGGAGGGGCCAGUUGGGUUUGUCUGAAGAGCAGCAGAAAAAAGCUCUGGAGCUUAGGCAUGUGACGAAUGGCGUAACUGAGGAAGAAUCAAGCGCCAAAGAAUCCCCUGAAGCAAAUGGAACCAACGGUGCUGCUGCUUGCAACCCUACACCUGCAGGUGGAUGCUGCCAGGGCAAUGGAGGAGGGUUAACCUGCUGCCAAAGUGAUCUGCCAGAAACAAAACAGGACAAGAGCAUUCCAGCUGAGCAGAAGCACAAGAGCUCUACGACAGAGAGUGACAAAGAAAACGGCGCCGCCAGCAAGAAGGGAUGCAUGAAGAUUUGCCGGAUGCCCACCUGGUUUGAGACCUGGGACAGGUCUGACACCUACACCACUCUUGCUGUUGUUGCCGCUGCUGCAACGGCGUUCGCCGCUUUCAGGUGCUACAAGGCCAUGAACUGAAGCCUGCGAAGCAAUGCUCAAAACAAGGCCAGGUUUUGUGCACCAACGACAGACUACCGCAGUAAAACAAUCUGAUUUGAGAAUAAUAUACUGCUUGUGCAUAUCAAUAUGCAAGGGUUAGGACUUUAGAAAGAAUGUAGCUGAUCUCGAGAUGGCGAUGAAAAUCUGUUACGCAUAAUGUCCCCGUGUAAAACUCGUAAGUUUGAAGUUUUCCGCUCCUUGGCUCUAUGGCUAUGGCCGUGGUGUUCCGCGUGAUGAUGCUGUGCUGUUUGGCUGGAAUGAACUGGGAUGUUCUUGGGCAUGUGGAUUUUUAAGUUUUGCGUUAGAAAAAAUUGCGCAUUGCUGGCAUUUGCACUUUAAA